ACGCCCCCGCCCCCUUUCCUCUCCCUCCCGCCGCGCUGUGGGCUGUGCGCGCCGCCGAGAGCUCCGGAGGGGCGGGGGCGGUGGUAGCAGCUUCGAGGAAGGGGAGCGCGGGGUAGACGCGGUGCCUGGCUUCCGCCGGUAGCGUGCCCCCGGGGACGGAUUGAGGGAAGCCUACCGCGCCCUUCGUCGUGGUGUUUUUUACAAUUUUAUUUUUUGCUGCGCUCUCCCCUUGCUUGCGUGUGAGGUAAACCCGGUGCGCGCUGCCUGCGUCGCCGCUGCGCUUCAGGUGGGGAAGGAGGGAGAAAGAAAGCGGGCAGGCUCUGCUCCGCCGCUCCGAAGCCCUCCGCUCCUCGCUUCUCCCCGCGGCGAGGUACGCAGCCCCGCCGAGAUGGGCUGCACGCUGAGCGCCGAGGACAAGGCGGCGGUGGAGAGGAGCAAGAUGAUCGACAGGAACCUGCGGGAGGACGGCGAGAAAGCGGCCAGGGAGGUCAAGCUGCUCCUGCUCGGAGCUGGUGAAUCAGGGAAAAGCACAAUUGUCAAACAAAUGAAGAUUAUCCAUGAAGCUGGUUAUUCAGAAGAAGAAUGUAAACAGUACAAAGCUGUUGUCUACAGUAACACCAUUCAGUCAAUUAUUGCUAUCAUUAGAGCAAUGGGGAGGUUGAAGAUAGACUUUGGUGAUCCAACCAGGGCUGAUGAUGCUCGUCAACUCUUUGUGUUAGCUGGAGCAGCAGAGGAAGGAUUUAUGACUGCAGAGCUUGCUGGUGUUAUCAAAAGACUAUGGAAAGACAGUGGAGUACAAGCUUGUUUCAACAGAUCUAGAGAAUACCAGCUUAAUGACUCUGCUGCCUAUUACUUGAAUGACUUGGACAGGAUAGCACAAACAAGCUACAUUCCAACUCAGCAGGAUGUUCUCAGGACUAGAGUGAAAACUACAGGAAUAGUGGAAACUCAUUUUACUUUCAAAGAUCUUCAUUUUAAGUCUUGUGUGUGGCCUUUUCCUAUCACUUUGUUUCUGAUAAGCUGGGAAUUGAAAAGAAACACCUUUAUAAGAAUGUUUGAUGUUGGAGGCCAAAGAUCAGAGCGGAAGAAGUGGAUUCAUUGUUUUGAGGGUGUUACAGCAAUUAUUUUCUGUGUGGCAUUAAGUGAUUAUGACUUGGUCUUGGCUGAAGAUGAGGAAAUGAAUCGAAUGCAUGAAAGCAUGAAAUUGUUUGACAGUAUCUGCAACAAUAAAUGGUUCACAGACACUUCUAUUAUUCUGUUCCUGAACAAGAAAGAUCUUUUUGAAGAAAAAAUCAAGAGGAGUCCUCUCACUAUUUGCUACCCUGAAUAUGCAGGAUCAAACACUUACGAAGAAGCAGCUGCUUACAUUCAGUGUCAGUUUGAAGAUCUUAACAAGAGAAAAGACACAAAGGAAAUCUACACUCACUUCACAUGUGCCACAGAUACGAAAAAUGUGCAGUUUGUUUUUGAUGCUGUAACUGAUGUCAUUAUUAAAAAUAACCUUAAAGACUGUGGCCUCUUCUAAGAACAGACAAGACGUUGUUAAAUGGUUUGAAGAAUGACUUCGCACAAUUCUAAUCUGGUUGAUUUCAAGAUGAAAGAUACACAAAAUACGUUGUGCUGAAUGAUAGAUCAGUACUGUACUUGCCUGUUUUAACAGCUUUAUUUAUGUUUGUCUUGUAAAUUUAAGUAAUUAGGUAACACUGAGAUGUCUUUUGACUGUAUGUAAACUUGUAGUAAUGUAUUUGUAUAAACGUUGAACAGAAUUCUUUGGUAACUUGUCCUCUAAAAUUUCUGUGGUUUAUGAAGAUGCUCUUAGAGGAGACAGACACUUUUUUUGCCUUUUGGUUAUUUAAACAUCUUGUAAAAUUAAUUUCUUUUUUUUUUUUAAUCUAGAGGGUGCAUGCUACUUUAUUCUUUACUUUUUGUUGGUAAUACUGUAUAUGGCACUAGCUUUUUGAUAUUUAAACAGCCUCAUACACCUGCUCAGAUUUAAAGAAACUUAACUAAUAAAACUUGUUUUGUUGCCUUAGGUUUUGGAAAAAAAAAAAGUUUUUAUAAAUUCAGGUUGAAUACAGAAAAUAUUUUUAAAACAUAAGUGAAAUCCACAGCUUAUGAAAACUGGAUUUGCAGUCUUUGCAGUGGAAAUGUGACUAUAAAGUUGAAAUAUUGAAGCUCAUGGAAAUGCAAAAAGGAAGUUGUUAAAAACACACUUGUAGAAAUAAAAAAAAGAGUUUGAAACUAAUCUUUACUCACUGGAGUGAAUGGCAGUUUUUUUUAAAGACUUCAACAAAGGCUGGACUUCCGAUUAAUGUGAUUUCUUUCUGCUUAGUAAUUAAAAUAAUGUUAUCCUUUAACUCUUUGAUAUCUUCUGGUAAUCAAACUAAAACUAAUUUGCUAAUUUAAUAACCGUAGAAGUAUUAGGUUCUCUCACAAGACAUGGCCCUGUAUUUUCUUGUGUUAAAGCAAUUUACUGUUGCUUAUUAAAAAGAAUCUUCAGUAUAUAGGAUACGGUGACUUAGUGACUUUGAAGAUGCUCAUUCUUUAAUUUAGUUACAUUUAAAGUCUCGUACUUUCUUUUAAAAAUGAGUUAAAGAACAUGAUUUUCUUCUGGUUAUGCUUUCAUUGUGUAAUUUGCAAUUUUAGGUAUAUAUCAUCCAUUGCCUUAUGAUUUGUGCCAAAACUGAUUUUUAUACCUAUUUUAAAAUGAAUAAGCUUCUAUUUGUAAAUAAGUUCCUGGAUGGUUGUCUUAAAUGUAUGUCUUCUAGAUAAUACAGACGUACCAAACUUGGAAAUAUGAUUUUCUAUAAUUGUUAGAAUAUUCCAGGCAGCUACAGUACACUGUAAGUUUUUUGAGAAUCAUUCUUUGAAUCUGUUGCUAUUUUUCUAUAUUAGCUUAUUGUUCUUAGAAAUGUUCAACCAAAAUAUUCAAAUCAUUGUUCUGUUAUUUAAUUUUUAAUUGUGUAUAUGUUUCGUUAGGCCUCAGCUUCAGUAAAACUUUGAUGCUUCCUUUGUUAGGUACAGAAUUACUUAAAUGCGUUUCAAAUGAAAGUUUAGAAAGGAGUUUCUAAUUUAUUACUGGAGGUUGUUGAAAUAUUCAUACAUUGUGAGCUCUUUCAGCAGUUGUAGUAAGCAAUCUGUAUAUCCUGGGCUGCUUUUAAUUGUGCUUUACAGUUCUGGAUAUGUAACUGAUUUUAAAUUUCAUUGAAAAACUUUGUGGAAAUUGUAUUUACACCUACGUUAAAGUUGGUUUUUGUACUUGAUGUAAAAGAAAAAUUGGGAUUAAUCAAAUUACAUGAAUAAAUUUAAAUUUUGUGCCUUGCUUGAAAGAAAUGUUCUUCCUUAAAUGUGCUGAUGGAAAUCUUUCUGCAUCCAUCCUGUAGCCACAACUAGGUAGUAAAACUGAGAAGAUAAAAAGUCAGGAGCCAAUUCAAAUGUUUUAUGCCAGAAACAAAAAUGAGCAUAAACUUACAUCUAUCAAUUCCUAAAUAUUUUUCCUCAACCACUGUUCCUGACAUCUUCAAUUUCAGAAUUUUUGGAAUUUCAUAACUGUUGUUUUCUUAAAUAUUAAUGUCUUAACCCAGAACAAAAUUGUGAAAUAGUUUUGUUUUUAAGUCCAGGAAUAUGAGCUUGUCUUUUGUAACUUGAUGAGUUGACAACUGCUGUGUUUCCUUAUAGAUGCUCUGUAGUGGUCCUUUGUUUAGGUUUAUAAAUUGCCUGUAUAACAACUUUUCAUAUUGAAGGCCAGAUAUAGCAUUGACCACAUCUGUUCAAAACUUUCCAAAACUGGGUUGUUGGUAAAAAUUAAUUUGUUAUACUUAAGUUGAGGACUCCUUUAUAUAUUGAAAAUACUAUGCUUAAAAGGGUGUUUUUUUAAUGUUCUAAGAAUUGUCUAUGCUGAUAGCAAGUACUUUGAUUUUCUUCUGAGUUUGUAUAGCUUCUUAGAGCCAAAUUAAUUUACCAAUUUUGUUACCUAAGAAAACUGUUGAUAGAAAUCUCUUCUUUUUAGGUUGUAAUUAGUUGAUAAUGAUAAAAUUCUAAUAUAAAUAUUUCCAGACUUACUUUUAACUGAUCAUAUGACUUUGCCUGAGCUUCAUGGAUUUUAGUUAUGUACUUCAUUAGUAUUAGCACGUGCUGCUGUGGACUUAGCUACCUUGGACAGAACUUUCUGAGGAUCUUGUGUAACAGAGUUGAUUCUUUUUUGUCAUCCUAACCUAAUCAUCUAGGAAAUGCUACAAGAAGGCUUAAAAGCAGUGGUGGGAGCUAGAUGCUUAUUUUCCACUCUUAAAUGUUAUGGGCCUCCACUCUAUCUCUCCUUGAUCAGUAGGCUCCUUCUCAGUUUUAAGUAAACAAAAAGGAGGAAAUCCUGCUGAUCUGAGGACAGUCUUGUGCCUCAGCAAUCUGAGCCUCUGUUCUCUUCCAGUCCUUCAUUCCUUGCAUUUUUUCCAUUCAAAGUAUCCAGACGGACUGCUUUUUCUAGCAGUACACAGGGAACCUCCUUCUACUAUCUCAGAAUAUUUCUUAAAAUUAUCUUAAAUUAUUCUCAAUUUAAUAUGUGUAUGGAAUUACAGCCUGAUGGAGGGUUCUCCAACAAUACCAGGAUCUUGUGAGCAUAUUGUCGCUUGUUGAAGUCUCAGCAAAACACAGCCAUGAUUAAAUGUUCUUUUUAAGAAGGUCAUUUUUGAGGGAAUGGAGUUUGGAAUAUUUGGUAUGUAGCUUUAUGAUGCCACCUACUGAAUUUGGAAUAAGUUUGUCAUCAAAUAUAGUAACUUUUUAGUAACCAAAACAGGGUCCAGGGUCAGAAUGGAGAGAGAGUAGUGUUUGCUGAAUUUCAGUUCCCACUUCCAUGUACACAAUUAGCCUCUUCAUUAUUUAAAUUCUACAUAAAACCUUAGGGGGGGGAAAGAGAUCAAUCUGCAGCCUGCUGAACAGCGUGAUUCAGCUAGUAUGCAUUUAGAAUUGGGAAGAGUAAAAGAAGUUUCUUUUCCAAAUCAAGCAAAAAGGAAACCCUGCCAAGACACUGAGUAUCCUGCUGUGUGGAAGUCUCUUGAAUCAUAUUUCAUAUUAAUAACUAAGAGCCUUUGGGUCAUAGAGUAAUGGCAAGGUUGAAAAUUUCAAUUCCGUACCUCUUUCAUUUUGAAAAAAUAGCAGGUGCAACAAGAGGUUGUCUAGAGCUCAUCCUUGGAUAGUUCACAGCUUGUGAGAGUGCGCUCACAAGGAAGAUGAGACUGUAUGUUGAGUAACUUAUUUACCAGUCAUUACCUAUAUCAGAGCGUGUCUGCAUUUUUUGCAAAAAACUUAGUUGACGUUAGGGGCUCUGAAAAACAGAAAUCAAAAUUCAAGUUGCAGAAGUCGAGAAACAACAUUUCCAGCUCUGCAUCUACAGGGUUCUGCCUGUCAAAGAGGCUUCUGAUCGGGCUGUGUCUGACUUCAGAAACUAAAGAUGGUUAAGACCAAAUGCGUUGUCAGCAGAAGCCACUGCAGCCCCACAAAACUAGCUGUUCCCAGCUAACUUCUUCAUUCUCCUUUCUCCUCUCUGUCCCUCCAUUAAUAGAGAAUUUGGGGAAGUUUUGCCUGUGUGCUUUCCCACUCAUGCAGGGGUCACACGAAGACUGUGCAGAAUGGCUGUGGACUGCUGUCUGCAACAGUAAUGGAGGAAUAUGUAGAAUGAUUAGAUUAAGUGCGCUUAAAACUGCACGUAUGUGUAUGUUCAAAAGCAUGAACAAAAGUCUAGGAAACAAACCUGAGCAAGAGAAGGAUUUGUGAACAUAGUUUAGUUUCUGAAGUCAGACACAGCCUGAUCAGAAGACCGUGCAGUGUGACACACAUGAUCCCAUACUUUUUACAAAUAAGUGUCCUUAUAAAAACAUAGUUUUAAUCCUCCAUUCUAAUACAAAUGUUAAUGGCAAAGAAAAUACAUUUUUUUGUUAGGUACUAUGCAUGGAAAUGUGAGUGUGUUUAGUUGAAUUAUAAAGUUGUGGCUUUUAGAUUCUGCCAGUAUCUUUCCCAGCCAAGUUAUGUUGCUUUGGCUUAAAUGUCAUUAGUUUGCCUCCCUUUUCUACUUCUUGCUUAGUUCUCUAUGAAAUUCUCAGUCUUUGGCUUUCUGACUCUUAAGGGAUGGAAGAAAGUCAUAAACUAUAUGAUCUGCUGAGACUACAAGAACAUUUUCAGUACGUUUGUAGUCAUGGAGGCAUAGGAGACUGAGGUUCUGGGAGAGCUUUAAAGAAAGUACUCUGUGAUGAACUUGACAGCUGUAUCCAAUAUUUGAAGAAAGCAGCUUUGUGAAAGUGAUGUGGAAUAAAGUUGCAUCUGUUUUUGUUGAGUGGAGCUCUGAGUGUGAGGAGAUAGGCUGAGGUAUGUAGAGUUGCUCAGCUAUGUACCUGUUCCCAGAUGAGGCUGUCAGAUGCACGUGCUUUAAAGCCAAGGAAGUGGCUUUAAAUAUUUAAAUAUUUAAACUUAUAAAUAUUGAGGAAAUACCCCUUUCUGCAUUGCCGUCUAAGUAUCAGGGUAUUUUUGAGCCUGAAAAGUUUUGAGCUGCCUGCUACAUUUGAGGGACGUGUCACUGCUGGCACUGAUACUUGUUUAGGGCUUCUCUCCAGCUUGCCAGAACUGCGCAGUCAGGAAUGAAGAGCAACUCAGCAAAAAGCAGUACACAAAGUACAUAAGAGGCCCCUUUAUUCUGCUGCAGGGGGAGAGUGGGGAUGCUCCCUAGAUAAGUGAAUGGAGAUUGCAGGGGGAGCUGCUCUUCUGUUUCUCGAUGGUGUGUUUGAAUGCUUUCAAGGCUUAAUACAAUUUUACAAGAAGUGAUGGCAGCAGGAGAAAGUCGGUGUUUUAUACACUGUUUCUUGAAACAUUAUGUCCUAUCUAGAUUCUUAGCCCUUGAAGAUCUGUUUUCCUCUAGCUAAAAGCCGUGCCAAAAAGAGUAAAUUGUUAAUGUGGCUGCAGAGUGUGGUGUGCUAGUCUUAAACGAGGAUUUUUCACAAACAGAAUUUCUAGUGGUGUAGUAAUACAAAGAUUAUCUAAAUGAUAAAUCCAAAGGCUGUUGAAUGAGUUGUAUAAUAUUUUAAGUGUGGAGACAGGGAUAAGAUCCUGCAUUUCACUUCGUUUUUCGCCAGCUAAGUCUGUGAAAGGAAGGUUAAUGGAGCACUCAGAGAGCUCAGUGUGAGCCUUCUUGAGAUCAGUGCUGAAAUAGAGUGCUGCCAUGGGCUGUAAUGGAGGUGGGGUGAAGAAUUUAUGUCUUCUGUGGAGUUACAGUUCUUGUGGAACUUCAUGGCCCUUUGCUGGAAUCUGUGGUCACCUGUCUGCUGGCAUGUGGUAGUGGGUGCUCUUAGCCUUUCACAAAUGCAGGGUAGUUCAUCGUGUUUUAAACAGUGAAACUUGUAAGAGCUGAGAAAGACAUGAUCACUAAGGAAAUAAUUUACAAAAAUUUAGAUUACGAAAGUUAGGUUACAAAUGUUUGCAUGCUUCCAGUAACACUUACACGCAUGAUCACGUUUUGCCUGCCUUUCAGAAACUAAUUUAUGAGGUGGAUCUAUGCUGGAUUUUUGGCGGUAGCGCUUCGCGCUGUCGUACUUGACACAGAACUGAGGAGAUGGUGGCACUCAUCCAGCUGUGCGCUUCCUGUAGUCCAGCUGCAAGGCUGUUCAGCUGGCAACUGGGAUACUGAGGUUUACGCAGUCUGAUUUCUGAAGUGCAUUUGAAUGAGAGAAACAUCCUAAUGACUGGGCCAGUAGAUACUCUGAAGUAAUGACCUCCACCUUUUCUUGUUACAUUUAUUUUAUUUUACUGUAUAAUGACUUCUUAUUUCCACAAGGAUUAGAAUCUGUAUGUAUCAGUUACCAAACCUAAUCAUUCCUUUUUUGCAUCAAGUUUUUGUACAAAGGCAACUUGCAUAGAAGAUCUCGGAGUAAAACAUUUGCUUAGAUACGAGCUCUGAAUCAAAGCCGAUGCUGAACUUAGUUGCCUGUGUCCUGAUCAAGCAUCCUAGCCAGCUGUACUGUGUUGCAUAAGUUUACAGCUGUGUCCUCUCUGGUCACCUUUAACUGGUAACAAAAUCAUCCUUUUAGACGUUUUAUUUUCCAGAUGUCAUCUUCCAGCAAUCUAUAACAUACACUUCAAUUUCAAAAUAAUUUAUGAAAUAUUUUUGAAAUUCCUAGCAAACAGGGAAGUUACAUACAGAGCUUGCUUGAAGACUAAUCUCGUCCUUUAGCUGUUUCUUUGUUGAGCUGCCUGGAUUCAGCAUGAGACUUUUGUUACAAUGUAUGUUUUUAGUCCUUGAAUAGUUCUUGCAAUUCUUUCCUGCCUCAGUUUCCAGUUCUCCUUGUGUAUCUCGAAUUGCAAAGCUAUUUAUAAGUGAAAAGAAUUUAAAAGUGGAAAGCUGCUUCUUUCUUUUUUUUUUUUCAUUUUCUUUUUUGUAGGAUGGAUGGGAGAAGAAUACAAAAUUAGUGUUCUACCAAAAAAUACCAGUUAGAGUCAUCUCAACAAGCUUCAGAUUUUUCCAUUCUGAAAGCAUAAAUAUUGCUAGAGAGCACUGCAGGUUUUUGAGCAAUUUUUAAAAAAUAAUACAGUUUGAAAGACAGGAAAACUCCAUGCUAUGAGACCAGAGAAAGAUAGAUGAAAAUCAGAAUACAGCAUUCAUUCUAGAAUAAUUCAUUAAUACGGAGGAAAGACCACCAAUGAAACGGGACAGCAAGGUUUUGCUUAGACAGCAGAACUCUGCAUUUCUGCAGGAAAGCAAUGCUGCUUCCCCACAAGUCCCUUGCCUGAUCUGAUUUUAAUUAAAGGUCCUCACUAACACUUUAAUUUGCCUGAUUCUCAACCAUUUGCAUGGGAUUCAGCUCCAGAACCAUGAGUGUUUACUACUGAGUUCAGAAGGGAGUUCCUAGGAAGUCAGGGCUCUUUUUGCCUUUAACCCUCAUAGCUCCCCAAGGGUACUUUCAUAUUCUUAGGUGGGCAUUGGCCCAGGAGGAAUAAGUUGGACUUCUAGUGCAGAUUCUUCUUAAGAAUAGUUUUCUGGAAGUAAAAUACUGUAGUUAAUACAUCUGUGCAGGCUUCUGUGCUUUAAACAGAACAACUUGGUGUUUCUACCAUUUCAUUAUGCCUAAAUAAGGUACAUAGUUGGCCAUUGUAUCGGCCUAGCUCUUUACUUGUGUUCUAAGAAGGACUCACCUACUAAUGUUGCAGCAUUCUGCCCCUCUGCACUGAAUUCUUUGAAAGAGGGAGGUGACAGAAGUGUGGUGAGAAGCUGACCAUCUGCCAUCAUUUACCUUCCUGUAUCUGUUAGUCUUUCAAAUCUGAUUUUACUGCUGUCAGCAUGGAGGGCAACAUACUCAUGCAACAGCACAAUCAACGUGCAGUUUGAGUCACAAAGAUGAAUUUGGUUCUCAUACCAAAAGGUACAGAUAAUAGAGGAGCAAAAGCCAAAAAAAUUGUACUCAGUGCUUCUGUGAGGCAUGUGAUUGGUUUUGCUUAAUGGAUUUUUGCUUUAGAUCUCAGCUGGCCAUGGAUGGCUGCUGCAUUGUGGAGGUUUUUCAGCUCAAAGGGCAGAUAGUUUUGUGGCCAUGGUAUUCUGUAAUGCUUUGACAAAAAAUAAUUCUGUCUUUGUUACGAAGUGUUCCAUCAUACCUCAGCCUCUAUUCCAGAGCUGUGAUCUGUGAUAGAUGGAAGAAGGUGCAAAUAUCCAUCCUUCCACUGGUAUGUUCUCAUGGCCGUAUUCUAGAUCUAAGCAUUUCAGUGGUCACAUUCACAGAUUUCCUUGUUUGUUUCUCAUUUGUGUUUUCUUAUUAUUAUUUGUUGCUCUGUUUUCUGUCUUCUCUGGCACUACAACCAUGUUCAAUGUAUCAGGAAGAAAAAAAGCACAGGUACUUAACAGUCUUGGUGAUACAAUGGUUAUUUUGGAUUACAGUGAUUAAAUGUUUCCUCCAGAGUU